GCGCGGGGGCGCGGGGAGGGUCGCCCGGGAGCGAGAGCCGCGGCCCGCGCCGCCGCAGAGCCGAGCGAAUCUCGAGCCGGGCCAGCAGAAUUCACACUUAGAAAUGCUGACAUCAGGCAUCAAGAGAGCUGGGCCCCACUAGACACCAAGAAAACCCGUGGCUCUGGUUGCAUCUUUCAACAUGACCAACCCACAGCCUGCCAUAGAAGGAGGAAUUUCUGAAGUUGAGAUCAUCUCCCAACAAGUAGACGAGGAAACAAAGAGCAUUGCUCCUAUACAGUUGGUGAACUUUGCCUACCGGGACUUGCCCCUGGCUGCAGUUGACCUUUCCACGGCGGGCUCACAGCUCCUGUCAAAUCUGGAUGAAGAUUACCAAAGAGAAGGGUCUGCCUGGCUGACGCCGUGCUGCGGGAAGAGAGCAGCCGUGUGGCAGGUAUUUUUGCUCAGUGCAAGUCUCAACAGUUUCCUGGUAGCCUGUGUAAUAUUGGUGGUGAUUCUCCUGACUCUGGAACUUCUAAUAGACAUAAAGCUUCUCCAGUUUCCCAGUGCAUUCCAGUUUGCUGGUGUAAUUCACUGGAUCAGCCUGGUCAUUCUCUCUGUGUUCUUCUCAGAGACUGUUCUACGGAUUGCGGUGCUUGGGAUCUGGGAUUACAUCGAAAACAAAAUAGAGGUGUUUGACGGGGCUGUGAUCAUCCUGUCCUUGGCCCCAAUGGUGGCGUCCACUGUGGCCAAUGGGCCCAGGAGCCCCUGGGAUGCCAUCAGCCUCAUCAUCAUGCUCCGGAUCUGGCGAGUGAAGAGGGUCAUUGACGCUUAUGUCCUGCCUGUGAAGAUGGAAAUGGAGAUGGUCAUCCAGCAGUAUGAGAAGGCCAAGGUCAUCCAGAAUGAGCAGCUAGAGAGACUGACGCAGAUCUGCCAGGAGCAAGGGUUUGAGGUCCGGCAGCUGCGGGCGCACCUGGCGCAGCAGGACCUGGACCUGGCUGCGGAACGCGAGGCGGUGCUCAGCCAGCCGCGAGGCCGCUACCAGGGGGUGGAGGCCGGCACGUGGGCCGAGAGCGUCGCGGAGGACCUGCAGCCCUCGCAAGAAGCUGCAGUGAGAGAUGACAGGAACAGCUGUAUCGGUCGGUACUACAACGGGCCCAGCAGCGACAGCGCUGUGCCAGAGCCAGCUUUGUGCGCGGUCACCACGGCCGCCAUAGACGUCCACCGGUCCAGCGUCUCGUCCGACCUCUUCUCAGUCAAAGUGCCCCCAGACAGCGGCAGCCAUGGCGCCUGCGGCAGUGCCCCCUGCGAGACCGCCCCCCGCUCGGCGCGCAGCUCCACCCCGCGGGCCCGGAGCGACAGCAGCCAGGCGCUGGGCUCCUCCACGGGCUGCGGCUCGGCCGCCCACAGGCGCAGCCCCGCUCCCCGGCCGCUGCCGGCAUCAGCCCAGCAGCGGGUGGCGGGGACGCUGUCCGGGGACCCCGGCCCGUCCCGGAGGGCCUCGGGCGCAGCCCCCCUCCCCGGGCCCAGCCCGGCAGGCUCGGCCCCAGCCAGCCCCAGGCAAGGGCACAGGGCAAGCCUGCGGACCCGGGAGAAUCAGGAGGGCGUCGCUGCCCUUCGGAGGCCUGCCACCCGCGCCCGGCCCGCUGCUCUCCCGCUGGGGGAGUCGAGGUCCUCGGAAUCCGACGAGCAGGAGCUGAACCGGGUCCCUGACGCCUAGAGCCUCCGGGCGGGCGGGCGGGCUGGGAGGGGGGCGGCCGCCCGUGCUCUCCUCGGGUCCCGAGGCCUCAGGGCGCCCCUGGAGGCAUCGCCAGGCCUGGAGGCCGGUGCCUGGGACCUCAAGGCCCAGAGCUGGUGCGCCCACCCCCACCCCCGGCCCUGCUAGGGAGGCUGGUGCUUGUGCCUAAACCGUUUUCACAGAACCAGCGUGUGGCCCGGCUCCCCCAGGGCAGGGCGAGGGGCCCCUCAGCCUCCUCUGCUGCCUUGUUCCUGACCCCCGCCCUGCGCCCUGGGGACACACCGUGAGCGGCAGUAGGGCCCCACCCGAGGCUGUCUUUGUGGGGACUCCUGGGUGGAACAGACACGGCCACACAAAGACCACCAUCUGAGCCUAUUUUGUUUGUCCUCAUUCUCUAAUUUGGCAUGAGUGUUUCUGGGUCUUUCUUUGCAAGACAAAUCUAGCUUUCACCUUCACAGGACAAAAAGGGGUGGAUUUGGAGGCAGGCAGGAGGCUCAUGGCGGGUAGUGGGGACAGCGUUCUCCAAUCUUGGCUCUAAUAACAAAACCAGCACUUCCAGA